AUGUCAAGCCGAAUCCCGCGCAUUUUGCUAUAUGUUCUCAGUCGCGAUGUUCGCCUUUCAGACAAUCCCGCUUUUCACGCCGCCUCCCUUCACGUCGCGCGUCCAAACUCCUCGAGAACUUCUUCAAAUGGGGACAGACGGCACCGCGAUGAUUCGUUGACCUCGGAACACGGCAGCGCAAACUUUACGCACCUCUUACCCGUAUACAUUUUCCCUGCCAACCAAAUCGAAGUAUCCGGUUUCCUAUCCUCCCCAUCCGACAAGAGCCCAUAUCCGGAGGCGCGCAGUGAGGUCGCGCGAGUAUGGCGGACAGGACCACAUCGCGUGCAAUUCAUAGCGGAUGGAGUAUGGGAUCUAAAGGAAAAGCUUGCAGGGUUGAACUGCAACUCCGGAUUGGAAAUGCGCGUGGGCAAAGCUACCGAGGUUGUUUCUGACAUAAUCGACUGGUAUUCUCAAAACGAGCACGAGGGCAAGAUCAGUGGGGUUUGGAUGACCGAUGACGAUAACACAGAAGAGAAAAGAGAGGUGGCCAGUGUAAGGGAACUCGCAGAACAGUAUGGGGUAGACUUCAAGGCGUGGAACGACGAAAAGUACUACAUAGAUGAUCGUGACCUACCUUACGACAACAUAUCCGACCUGCCAAAUGUAUACACGUCGUUCAGGAAAGGACUCGAACCGCUACGCGAUCGACCUCGCAGUACCCUACCUACGCCAACCCAACUUCCACCGUUACCUUCGAGCAUACCACCGCAAAAACAGCCAUUCACCAUACCUUCGUCUUUGGAAAAGUUGAAGCGAGCUCUGUUAUCGCCACUCGAAAAAGAUAAAACAUACACACUCACAUGGCCACCGCAAUGGCCGACAGAUGCUCAAUCGGCGCAUCCAUUCUCUGGCGGCGAAACCGCUGGUCUAGAUCGCAUAAACCAUCUCAUCAGCUCUGGAGCUAUGAGUUCUUACAAGCAGACAAGAAAUGGCAUGCUUGGUCUCGAUUUCAGCACCAAACUUUCAGCCUACCUUGCUCAAGGUCAUAUCACAGCCCGGCAGGUCCAUUGGGCGAUGAUGGAUUUUGAGGAAGGGCGGGGCCCUGGUGAAAAGAGAGAUGGCUACGGAAAAGGUGAGAAUGAAGGAACAGCAGCUGUUCGGUUCGAGUUGUUGUGGAGAGAUUAUAUGCGACUUUGCAUGAGGAAGUUUGGAUAUAAGAUGUUCAGUCUCUAUGGCAUACAAGACCGUGGCGUCAAAGGCCAGAAGGGAGAGUCACAAACAAAGAAGUGGAAACGACUAGACAAAUCCGGUGGCGCAGGCGACGAUCCGGUAAAGACGCUCGAAGCCUUCCAGCGGUUCCGUUCAGGGCGCACUGGGGUUGGUCUCAUCGACGCAUCAAACCGCGAACUCUUCGUCACAGGCUAUACAUCGAACCGCGCAAGGCAAAACGUUGCCUCUUUCCUCUCGUCUCAUCUGAACAUCGACUGGAGAAUUGGAGCAGAGUGGUACGAAUGCUUCCUUGUGGACUACGAUCCAGCCAGCAAUUGGGGCAAUUGGCAAUACGUCGCUGGUGUCGGCAACGAUCCGCGGCAGGGCCGCGUCUUUAAUCCCAUCAAACAAGCACUUGACUACGACAAGCAUGGCGAAUACAUCAAGUCAUGGGUACCAGAGCUACGAGGUAUCAAAUUGACACGGACUGUCGGCCCUGGUAAGGAAGAAGUGGACCAACAGCGAUUGAUGGGCCUUUAUCAAGCCUGGAAGCUCAGCGACUGGGAGAAGCAAAAUCUGGGUCUAAAGGGCGUAGAAUGGGUCGAACAGCCGCUCACUAGGAUACAAUUUCAAGUUGGUCGGGGGCGUGGUGGGGGCCAAGAUGGAAGGUCAAAACGAGGAGGAGGAGGAGGUGGUGGUGGUGGUGGUGGUGGUGGACGUGGAGGCACAUCAUGGCGGGGAAGAGGCGGUCGCGGUCAGGGAUCUGAUCGUGGAUCUGAUCGCAACUCUCCUCCCAAGGGUGCUGGAGCAUGGCCCAGGAAAGUAGAUGGACCUACCAUCGUGAGUAGUGAGCGGACCACGGCGUCAUAG